AUGGACCUCUCAAUCGUCGUGGACACAUCAUAAUGAGGACAUUUCUUAAGAUCAAGUCAUUGGUCGGGUUAACGGCUGAUAGUUAUAUUGAUCUACAUAGGUUCGAUGAAGAGUCUGCUGACAUUUCAAACGAAGCAACACGACGUGAGUUUAUUUCAUCCAUUCUUUAUGACGUUGCUGCUUGUUAUGACGGUGAAAUAAAAGUUAAAAGGGAGGAUAUUAACCAGGGAGUUAGUCAGAAUGCAAUCCAGUUACAAGAUUCAUCUCAGCGUAAUGAAAAGAAACGCACCUACAAUGAGGUUUUGCGUGAGGUAGAGUUUGGAACCGGUUUUAGCAACCUCCUGAAAAUCAUACCGAAUAUACUGUAUGCACAUGUAAUUCGGUUUUAUUAA